AUCUAACAUUAGAGGCGCGUGUGCGCAUGCGGAGGUCAGGGUUGACAGUCCGUCUCCACACAGUCGUGGAAGGAGUGUGGCGGCUAAGCUAACUGCAACCAUCGUAACUAGCUACAUGUGGAGGGUAAAACGGGAGGCAUCCCCGACCCCAACUCUUUCCAGUUUCUCACCUUUUACCCGAAACAACUUCAGAGUUCAUACUCUUCGAAAAUAAGGGAUAUCAUCUCUUUAAAAUGAAAGGUAGCCGGAUCGAGCUGGGGGACGUUACGCCCCACAACAUUAAGCAGCUGAAACGCCUCAACCAGGUCAUCUUCCCCGUCAGCUACAACGACAAGUUUUACAAAGAUGUGCUGGAAGUUGGAGAGCUUGCAAAGCUAGCGUACUUCAAUGACAUUGCAGUGGGUGCUGUGUGCUGCAGAGUGGACCACUCUCAGAACCAGAAGAGACUGUACAUCAUGACACUUGGCUGUCUAGCACCCUACCGUAGACUUGGAAUUGGUACAAAGAUGCUUAAUCAUGUGCUAAACAUCUGCGAGAAGGAUGGAACUUUUGAUAAUAUUUACCUUCAUGUGCAGAUCAGCAAUGAGUCGGCCAUUGACUUUUACCAGAAGUUUGGCUUUGAGAUUAUUGAGACAAAGAAGAAUUACUACAAGAGGAUAGAGCCUGCAGAUGCCCAUGUGUUGCAAAAGAGCCUGCGCAGUCCUUGUGCACUGCCCAGUGGAGAGCUUCAGAAGUCAGAGUAGGGGCACAGCGUUCGGAAAAGGCACUAAUGUGGCCACCUCCACAGAAACAGAACUGUGACAAAUGCCCCAGGAUUCAACACUUUCUUCAAAGGACGCUAAAAAGAGAAAACAAAUUUCAAGCAUAAAAGUUGCUGCAUUUAUUUCACAAGAGGGUCCCCUGUUGUUGUUGUUUUUUUCUUUUUUUUUCAAAUUCUCUUCAUACUGUUAAUUGACAAUGACAAAAAGCUAAGCAUCCUAUAGUGCUCCUGUUGACAAAGUUACCAACUUCUGACAGUUGACAUGGUGGAGGGGGAAAGAGUUGGUGUUUUCAAAUCACAUUGUUGUUUUUUGUUUUGUUUUGUUUUUUAAAUGCGGUUAUUAAAGCUGGAGGGGACAUAUCUAUGCUGUUGAUCAAAGGAAAUCAGUUGGUUUGGAAAAGUAAAGGGAAAAAGUGCUUGAAAGACCAUCCCCCGACACAAAUGCAGUCCCAGGUGGUCAGCUUGGAGUGAUACUUGAGAUAUGUGGAACAGACAAAGCUCUAUUCCUGCACCACCUGAAUCUUUGGACUCAUGAGAAAUGAGUCUGACCGGUUUGUUGUGUCCGGAGGGGCAGAAAUGCGUCCCCUCAGUACAGGAGAAAGGGGAAAAGCUUGACGGUUUUGUGGCAGUGGGAAUAUGCGUUCAGUACUUUUAAUUUUUAAAUAUUUCCAGGCUGUUAUUUAAAUCCCCCUUCAACUAGUCUGUUAUUUUUAUUUUCCACACUGAAAUGGCAAAUGGUUCAGAGGUUCUCCUGGGUUUAUCACAAAGAGUGAAAAUAUAAAGGAACGAGAGAACCAAACAAAUGUAUUGAAUGUGUUAUGAAUAACAUCAGAUCGAUUUGGAUUUGGGCAUUAUUUUCAGUAGUAUGGUGGAGGUGUUUGUGGAUGCUUGUUUCUAAAUAUAUACAAGUGUUUUGAGACAUACCUUAAACACCUUUGGCACCUUAUGUAGCCAUCUUAUGACCUUGGUCUUCUCAAACUUCCUGCCACAGUGAGCUUCAGUGAUUACACACACUUUCAGCUGAAAGUUUUGGAGUUUUGCUAUGAUCUCUUAACAGUGUAUUACCCAGAGGAAGCUCUGACACCUCUGCAUGCAAGGAGAGUUGUGUCCUCUCCACUGUAGUAUACGCAUGUUUUCAUUUCUUUGGAGAAUUUUAUCUUUUCUGGAGCUCUAUAUUGUAAGACUUUUUAACGUCUAAAUGAAUAAAUUACUAUUUGCAGUAAAA